AUGCCAGCACCAGGUUCACUAGAUCUCACUGACAGUGAACUGGCACGCCUGGCAGAGUCAGACCCAACCACGACGGGAGCACCGGCUCCCGGAUCACCUGGUCUGAUGGAUGAACUGGAUCAGAUCUCCCUUGGUCCAGACAAAUCAGGCUCCGGGCCCCCUAGGCGAGCUGUACGGGAAGACCGUCAACCAAAGGAUGCGGCAACAGGCACUGAGUCGCCCUCAGAUUGGACCCGCUUCGAUGUUUCUCGAUCGCUCAGAGUACUGAGGAACGGCUCAGAAAACGCUUGUAAACUUGAAUUGCGCAAGUUGCAUCUGCGCCUUUGGCAUGCUGGUCGUCAGUCGAUGACCCAGAUACUGAGGGCAGCCGGUGUCACGCAGAAAGUAUUAGACAUGGUUCCGGCAAUCAUUCAAACAUGUGCAGAAUGCCGCAAGUGGCAGAGACCUAUGCAUGCUACUCAGCAUGCCCUCUCUGCCAGUGUGGCCUUCAACCAGCACGUGGAGUUUGAUCUCUUGUUCUACAGACAACACAUCGUGUGUCACGCCAUUUGCCGUGCGACCCGUUGGCACGCAGCCACGGUUGUCACGAGCAAAGAGGGCGAAAUUCUCCAGGAGGCACUCUUCACGAUGUGGAUUGCGAUCCACGGACCCAUGACCAACCUGAUCUCAGAUGGAGAAGGCGGCCUCUGGCGCAGCGACAUUGCUGAACGGCUGAAGCGACAAGGCAUAAACAUGAAAUUAAGGGCUCCACAACAACAUGCUCGGUACAUCGAGCGUCGUGGAGCAGUGCUGCGAGCAACCUUGCAUGUUAUGCAUGAGCAACUGGAACGCGAAUCCGUCCAGUGUAGCUUCCCAACUGUGUUGGCAGAGGCAGUCUUCGCUGGAAAUGCACUGACGCAUGUAGGAGGCUCAACCCCCUACCAAGCCGUAUAUGGCCGCCAACCGGCCAUGCUCCCUCCACUCGAUGCACCAGACCUACCCAGCAUUGAAGAGAUCUCCUCUCAGGGAGACCAUCAGCGUGAGCGAGUUCGACGUGCAGCCCUGGAAGCAAUGAUGCAGGCCACGAGCAUGGUUGUUGUGAAAAUACAAGGUGUUGAUGGCACAUACCGGGCCCAGGAUGUGCGACAUGCCCUACUUGUUUUCUUCGCAGAACACCAACCCAGCAAGUGGGAACUCACUGCAACGUCAAAGGCCAGGCCUCACGUGCUACACGCAUUAGAGCACCUCCUACAGUCCUGCUGGCGUAUCGGUGACGCAUGCUCUGUACGAUUGGCGCAUGGAGUGCGCCAUCUGUGCAAUGUACCGCAUGCUUCACACUCAACGCUUUUGUGGUGGCAUAAACGCCCAGAUGAGGAUGUUCAGUUCUGUACCUUGGAGCACACCAAGGUCGAUCUCCUUGAAGUCAUUGGGCAGAGCUACAGCACGGCAUUUGUUGUCCAGGCCAUUCAAAGUGCAGACCAGGAUGUAUCGCUCCUUGAGGCGUGUGAUAGCACCUCGGACAUUAGCCACGAAACCGGUGUCGGCACUUGCCUCCCGGAUAGUGAUGGCGAACACCCAAGUGUGCACACUCCUCACGGCCCUCUAUCAGCUAUAGCUGAGGAACCCGGAGCCGAAGAGGAGGCAGAAGCGUACUUGGCCCAGGUCACAACAGAUGAGGCAGAGAUCAUCCCAGCCUUAAGAGAGAUCUUCCAGCUGAGCCUCACUGAGACUCUCGAGCCUGUGGCUGAAGUCCAUCAGCCUGCCAGUUACUACGCUGAGCCGAUCCUCGACGAUGACAGUCCUGUCGACCCUCACUGCCACUAUCGUCUUGCAGGCCUUGACCCUGAAACCUAUGGUUCUCUUCAAGAGCAGGAUGAACAAGGUAACGGGUAUGUAGAGGUUUGGUUCACUAAGGACUUCGCUAAGGUCAUAGGGGACCCUGACCAACUUCACGCAGACGAAACGUAUGCUUUGCGGGUUUAUGCUGCCGGCUUCAGAAACGCUGUCAUCCAGCGUGAAAGUGAUCUCCUCACGACUUCUGAAAUCCGACAAAACCAAGCAGCCGUAGACGCUGCCACCCUUGAGGAGCUACGAAUCUGGAUGAAGUAUGGGUGCUUUGAGCGAGCACCGCGAGCUUCAUCUUACAAUGUGAUGGAUUCGAAGUUUGUCACCAAAUGGAAAAAGACCAAAAAUCCACAAGGGCAGGAGGUUCGGAUCAUCAGGCAAAGACUUGCUCUGCGGGGAUUCAAAGACCUGCAAGCUGACCAGCUGGAAGCCCAUGCCUCGACAGGCAGCAGAAUGUCACAGCGCUUGCUGUGUAGUGAAGCGGCAUGUCGACCGCACUGGCGCUUUGUGGCACUGGACAUCAGUAAGGCAUUCCUGCAAGGCAUGACCUACAAGGAGAUAGCCAGCCGAACAGGGGAAGAAGAAAGGGAUGUUUGCUUCACUCUUCCUCCGGCUGCCGUCAAGUUCCUCAAACAGCUUGAAGGCUUCGAAAGCUUCAACGAGCAUGAAGAAGUGCUACGAUGCGUGAAGCCGGGCACUGGGUGUAAAGAUGCACCCAGUUCGCAGAAGCCGAGUUUACAAACUGUGGAUUACACCAUUGCCGCCUCCCUGACGGCCUGGGCCGCUGUCUUCGUCAUUGCAUUGCAGAGGCGCACUUCAAACCCGUUGAACAUACACGUGCGACGCCUCAAUCUUCUCCUCGCAGCAAUGCAAAGAAAACUAUGCAAGGUUGUCUUUCCAGCAAUGACGUGUCAGAAGCGGCUGGUGGCUUUUUCAGAUGCGUCUUUUGACAAAGAAGGAGACAGCAAGGGCUACGGCAUGCGCGGUUCUGUUUUUCUCAGAUGGGGCAUCAAUGCCCAAGGCAAAGAAGUGUGCCAUAUGCUUGAAGCACAAUCACAGAGUCUCAAACUUGUUACUCGCAGCACGUUCUCGUCGGAAACCUUGGCUGCAGUGGGUACAGUGGACCAGUUGGUUCCCAUGCUCUUUGCAUUUCAAGAAAUUUUGCAUGGACCCUUAACCAGCCAGCAGGCGAGAACUUUGCGCGAAAAGGGAGGUUUCACAAUGACAUCUGAACUUGUCAUCGAUGCCAUGAAUUUAUUUUGGGCUCUUUCCGUCACCAGUCCCCGCAUGCCUGCGGAACGCACAUUAUUUGUGCACAUAAACUGGCUUCGUGAUCUGCUGCAGGCUGGCAUGCCAAGCAUCCUCAAGUGGAUGGACACCCGUGGCAUGCUAGCCGAUGGAAUGACCAAAGGGAAGAUCGACAGGGGUCCACUAGUUGAAGCGAUGGCUGGGCAGCAUGCGAUGCAUCCAGUCACCGUGAACCGCCAUCUGCUCAAAGACUUGAUUAACAAGGGGCUCUGGACAGAGGAGCUCCGCACGCAGCUCAUCGCGCACAACGGCAGCGUGCAACAGCUGGACCUCCCCCAGGACAUGAAAGACUUGUACAAGACGGUCUGGGAAAUCCGGCAGAAGCGGGUUCUCGACCUGGCUGCGGACCGAGGUGCCUACAUCGAUCAGUCGCAGUCGCUGAACAUCCACAUGAUGGACUGCACCACCGCUAAGCUGUCGUCCAUGCACUUCCACGGCUGGCAAUCCGGCCUCAAGACGGGCAUGUACUACUUGCGCACGAAGGCGGCGGCAGAUGCCAUCAAGUUCACUGUGGAUGUCCGUCAGGUGAAGAAGGCUGUGGAUGGUGGUAAGCCGAAAGACAUGGGAUCCAGCACCGAUACCUGCGCCUCGGACGGCUACGCGUCCAAGACGGACACGGAGCAAGAGCAGGAGUGCUCGAUACUCCUGCAAAAUACUCUUGGUACUUGUGACUGA